GUUACACCCGGGCAGAGUGCGGCCGCGACGGGGCGGGCGAACUUGCGGGCGCUCAGAGCUGGCCUCGCGUCCUCAGCGCAGGCUCCUGGGCCCCUAUCCCGACCCCCACCAAGACCGGGAUCCAGACCCCGACCCAACCCCGCCCAGCCCGGCCCCUGCCCCCCCGGGCCAAUGGACUACUCCUACCUCAAUUCGUACGACUCGUGUGUGGCGGCCAUGGAGGCGUCCGCCUACGGCGACUUCGGCGCCUGCAGCCAGCCAGGCGGCUUCCAGUACAGCCCCCUGCGACCCGCCUUCCCCGCUGCGGGGCCGCCUUGCCCCGCUCUCGGCUCCUCCAACUGCGCGCUUGGAGCCCUCCGCGACCACCAGCCCGCGCCCUACUCAGCAGUGCCCUACAAGUUCUUCCCGGAGCCGUCGGGCCUGCAUGAGAAGCGCAAGCAGCGGCGCAUCCGCACCACGUUCACGAGCGCGCAGCUCAAGGAGCUGGAGCGCGUCUUUGCCGAGACCCACUACCCCGACAUUUACACGCGCGAGGAGCUGGCACUUAAGAUUGAUCUCACCGAGGCUCGCGUGCAGGUAUGGUUCCAGAACCGCCGGGCCAAGUUUCGCAAACAGGAGCGCGCGGCCAGCGCCAAGGGAGCAGCGGGCUCGGCGGGCACCAAAAAGGGCGAGGCGCGCUGCUCGUCCGAGGACGAUGACUCCAAGGAGUCCACGUGCAGCCCCACGCCCGACAGUACCGCGUCGCUGCCGCCACCGCCUGCGCCCGGCCUUGCCAGCCCGCGCCUGAGCCCCAGCCCGCUACCAGCCGCCCUGGGCUCUGGACCUGGGCCGGGGCCACAGCCUCUCAAGGGUCCGUUGUGGGCCGGCGUGACUGGCGGUGGGGGCGGCGGGCCUGGCGCGGGGGCGGCCGAGUUGCUUAAGGCCUGGCAACCCACGGAGCCAGGACCCGGGCCUUUCUCGGGGGUUCUGUCCUCCUUUCACCGGAAACCCGGCCCCGCCCUUAAGACCAAUCUAUUCUAGCCUCGUGACUCUGGAGCCUCCCGGCCAACCCUCAGAGACGCCCUUGUCUCGACAGGACCUGACUUGGUCCCUCCCCAAACCGGCUGGCUGCCUGGGAGACCCUAUCCGUCCCCAACCCCACUGUUUGUCCCCUAGGUGUACUCUCCCUAGCUUUGGAGACAAGUUAGGGCCCCUCUCGUCCUCACCCACCCCACCCAGCAAAGCCGGAUACUUUUCACUGGGACACCUUCCAGGAUCGCCUGGAACCCCUUCUAGCUUGACCUU